UUGCGCGUGCGCGUAGUGCUGAGGGGCGAUGGCCGGGGGUCGGCGCUCGGGGGUGGCGCUGCUGCUGGACGGGCCCCCCGGCGCCCCCGCCCCUCAUUGCCCACACGGGCCUGCUUUUCUGUUUGCAAAGAUUCGUCAAGGGAAGGAAGAAGGGAGAAGAUUUUAUGCUUGUUCUGCUUGCAGAGAAAGAAAAGACUGUGGCUUUUUUCAAUGGGAAGAUGAAAAGGUGUCUGAAGCUAGACUUUUAGCACAGGAGAAGUACAACCGAAGUCAGCAGCCCUUUUUCUCUCACGCACAAAAUGUGGAAAGGUACAAGGAGUUUGUCAUCUUGCCAUUAUCGGAAAGGAAAUUUUGUCAAGAAUGCCAACAGCUCCUCCUUCCACCUGAAUGGAGCCGACAUUCUGGCCAUCAGGUACUUAGCAAAGUCUCGUCGGCCCAGCUGAGAAGACCCAGCCAGCUCCUCAGUCCCCUGGAGAACAAGAAGACCAACGCGCAGUACCUGUUUGCUGACCGAAGCUGCCAGUUCCUGCUGGACCUCAUUGUUGCACAUGGAUUCACGAGAGCGCUUUGUGUCGGCACCCCAAGACUUCAUGAACUGAUCAAACUCCAAGCAUCACAGGAACAGGAGAAUCCCAUUAGAAGCCUUUUGCUAGAUAUUGAUUUCAGGUACUCUCAGUUUUGUACAGAGGAGGAAUUUUGCCACUACAAUAUGUUUAACCAUUAUUUCUUCGGUGGAGAGGCUGCCCAUGAUGUAUGUCAGAAAUUCUUGCAGCAGCACAAAAACAAAAGGAUCGUCAUGGUGGCUGAUCCUCCAUUUGGAGGCUUAGUUGAAGCUCUGGCGUUUACUUUCAAACAGCUGGUUGCAAUGUGGAAACAAACAGGCUGUGCAGAUGCUGCCAGCAAAGAGUUACCCAUAUUUUGGAUAUUUCCAUAUUUUUUUGAAUCACGCAUUCUUGAAUUUUUCCCAAGUUUUAGGAUGCUGGAUUAUCAGGUGGACUAUGAUAACCAUGCCCUGUAUAAGCACGGGAAGACAGGCCGGAAACAGUCCCCUGUUUGUAUUUUUACUAAUCUUUCACCUCACAAGGCUUGGGUGAAAACAGGGUCAUUUAUUGACCAACAAUACCUAAGACUUAAGCAAGAACUAAAUAACGGCAAAGGUAUAACUAGCGGUACGGGUCGAGACAAGGGGUCAUCUGGACCUACUCCUUGA